GUACCAAGUCCGUGUCGAUGCACGGUAUCCCUGUGUUGGCAAGCGGGCUUUCUCUGACAGCAAGGCAGUCUCGGCGGCCUUUCGGACACCCUUGCCACUGCGGCCACCGCUCCAGCCGCUCCCCCUCCGCUUGGAUCUCGACGAGGCGUGGAAACAGGAGGCACAGGAGGAGGAGGCCGAGGCCGAGGCCCCGGGAAGAGGCUUCCUUUGGGCGGCGAGGCCCUGGGUCUCCGUUUGCGUGGAGCACUUUGCGUCCGAGACCUACAAGUUCCAGUACAAGGCCAGGCCGCACCGGCCACCGGAUUCCGUGUUGCGAAGUCUACCGCACGAGCGUGGCCGGGAAUAUGCGCAGGAGGCGGUUCUCAAGGGGCGCUCCGACUUCGAGGGCUGGCAGGAGCCGCUGGUCGUGGAGGCAGCGCAGCCGUGGCCUCGUGUGGGACGCGUGGUGAUCAUGCUUGGCAAGCGCUGCAUGGGCUCGGAAUUAGAGACUCAGGCGGGCCACGCCAUCCUGCGCAUCGGCCUUCCAAAAGGCGCUCCGGAGCUCGUGGCCUUGCGGCUGGCUGACAGCGCGAGCGCCGGUUCGUCGCCUUUGCGUUGGAGCGUGACGAGUCCUCCAAUCGUCACGCGCGUGGCGCCCCCACUCCUGGCCCGCUGCUUCCCGGACGGAGCGCCGGCGGCUGA